GCCCCCCUGCAGUCGCAGCAGGAAAUUCAGAGUUGGACUGUGAAUGGGAAACCAACGACGUUAGUGCAUCAAUAUUCAUCUCUUGGUCACCCUCCUCCUCCUGGGUUCGGUUAACAACACACUGUUUCUUUGGCUGUAUUGAAGGUUAGGGUGUUUCUCGUUCGUCGAAAUGGCGUCUAACGAUUAUUCCCAAACAUCUGGCCAGGGCUAUGGGUCCUAUGGCGGAGGUGGAGGUGGUGCUGCUAACCAGGGUUAUGGCCAGUCUUCUGGACAGAGCUACAGCCAGCAGGGCUACGGGGGCUACAACCAGAGCUCUGACAACAGCCCCGGCUCUUACAAUCAGGGAGGAUUUGGCAGCUAUGGUCAAUCCCAGUCAGGAUAUAGUUCUCCACCCUCUAACCAGGGUGGUGGUGGUAGUGGUAGUGGUGGUGGUGGUGGUUAUAGUCAAUCCUAUAGCCCUGGAGGCUAUAAUAGCAACCCGCCCUCCAACAUGAGCUACAACCAGCAGUCAUCCUUCUCUGGGUAUAGCCAGCAGCAGCCUCCUUCUUCAUCCUCCGCAGGCUAUGAAGGUAACCCGCAGGCCUCUGGCUACAACCAGCCACCGAGUGGUGGACAGAGUGGAGGCGGUUACGGCAACAGUGAAGGUCAGACUGGUGGCUAUGGGGGCAGCGGGAGCCACCAACAAUCAUCCCAACAUGGAGGAGGACACUACAACCAGCCUCCGAGCUACAACUCGCCCCCGCCGCAGAGCUACAGUCAGCAGAGCCAGUAUGGUCAAGGUGGAGGAUAUGGAGACGAAAGCCCACCGAUGAGCGGAGGAGGGGGAGGUGGUGGAGGGUACGCUGGUCCCGAUGGAGGUUAUGGAGGUCAGGAUGGCCGCGGUGGCAGGGGACGCGGGGGUGGAUUUGGAGGUCGCGGUGGUGGCGGAUAUGAUCGUGGUUUUGACCGAGGUGGCCGAGGUGGUCCAAGAGGAAGAGGAGGCAUGGGAAUGGGCGAUCGUGGAGGAUUCAAUAAGUUUGGUGGACCAAGAGAGCCGAGACAUGGAGGACCCAGCUUCAUGCAAGACCAGGAUAACUCUGAUAAUAACACUAUCUUCGUUCAAGGCCUGGGAGACGACUACACCGUUGAAUCAGUGGCAGACUUUUUUAAGCAGAUUGGGAUCAUUAAGAUCAACAAGAAGACUGGCCUGCCAAUGAUCAACCUGUACACAGACCGAGAAACAGGGAAGCUGAAGGGGGAAGCCACCGUGUCCUUCGAUGACCCCCCUUCAGCUAAGGCUGCCAUUGAUUGGUUUGAUGGUAAGGACUUCAAUGGAAAUCCUAUCAAGGUGUCUUUUGCCACCCGUAGAGCCGACUUUGGAGGCCGAGGUGGCAUGAGGGGAGGCCGAGGAGGACGAGGAGGGCCAAUGGGUCGUGGAGGAUUUGGAGGUGGUCGUGGGGGAGGUUUCCCAGGAGGCAAUGGAGGCAAUGGGGGCAAUGGAGGCAACGGAGGAAAUGGGGGCAAUGGGGGAGGUGGAGGACAACAGAGAGCAGGAGACUGGAAGUGUUCAAAUCCCAACUGUGGCAACUUGAACUUCUCAUGGCGUAAUGAGUGUAACCAGUGCAAGGCCCCAAAACCUGAGGAUGCUGGUGGGAUGUCCCCAAUGGAAAGAGGAGGUUAUGGAGGAGGAGAGCGCAGAGGUGGGUUUGAGAGGGGCGGCUUCAGGGGACGAGGCGGCGACCGCGGGGGCUUCAGAGGGAGCCGCGGGGGCGACCGCGGAGGAUACGGCCCUGGAAAGAUGGACGCAAGGGGUGACCACAGACAGGAGCGGCGGGGCCGCCCCUACUAGAUCAUCCUCCAUAGGACAAAGUCUCUACUGUCCCACCUCCAGUAGAAAGACCAUUGUGUGUCCCCUGUCCUUCCACCUUUUAUUUUACUCUGUUAACUUUGACCCUUUACAUUCAGUGUGUAGAAAAUUGUGAAUAUCCCUGUUUUUGUGUUGGCUCUUGUUCAUGUGACUCGUUGACGUCCAUCCACAGUUCCUUCUUCUGCUCAGAUUUCAAUCUCAUUGCACACAUCCCUACGACUUAAAUCUGGGGUAGGACGUAUUUUUGUGCGUCAUUGGGCAAACCGCUACAACAUUUUUUCUUCAUUUUUGUAAUACAAGUGUAUUGUGAAAAACUGGACUUCUAUGCUUUGUUUUCAGGCUUUAGAAAUAUUUAACCCAUGGAAGAAAAGAAGUCUAAAAGAGAGUCGCUAAUAGUUCAGCAUCCUGGUAACCGUAGUCAAAGGCCCACAGCUGCAGCUAACUUAAGCUAAUGUUUUUUUAGCUAGCUACUGUAUAACCUAGAACACAUUAUGUCAUAUCAAAGGGCUUUACAAAGAAAUCAGUACAGUAAUUCUCAUAGAAUUGUUGCUAGAUAACAACAUUCAACCGGAUGAAGUUAGUCUUGCUAUCUCCACAACGUUGUGGAGGAAACUCCAAUAGUGGAGAUAGUGAGCGGGGAGGGACAGGCUUUAUCCCUGCAAUGUGAGGACAAAGGUAGGGGGGGAAGCUGCACAAGUAGGGCUGAGGUUUUUUUUUUUGCUGCCUACCCCAGCUUUUAAACAAGUUUUCAGACAAGUUUAACCAUAUUAUCUAAACUGCUUACUACAUGUGCAAGGAGAUUAUGUUUCAGAUCUUAUUUCAGUCUCAGAUUUUAAAGAAAUGUUUGGGAAAUUCUUCUCUUUGUUGUGGAUUCAUUAACGUUUUAAAGGGAAUUCCUAACAUUUUAAAAUAAUAAAUGUGUCAACAUUAUUAUUACUUUCUCAAGACCUGCAGCGCUUGCAGAAUUAAACAAAUCUGGCGCCUGUAUCCUAUAAACUAUAGUACAUUUUGUGAAUAUAAACAUUCACUAAUUUAUCAUCUAAAAUCUAGAAGAUUGAAGUGGUUGUGGUAGUUUGGAAAUGGAAACAAAAGUAAAUGUGGCUUUUAACAUAGAGGGACACAUUAAAAAUAAUGGAUGAUUAUAACUUUGUUUUAUACAUGUUUUUGUGUUCACUUAAAACCUGUCUGAUAGCUUGUUAUUAAUUUGUAGCUGUUACUGUGGCUGCAUGCUUGCAUGUUAGCCGUGUAAACAAAUGAAGCUGGUGCUGGUUUACAGUCAAGAAAACCCAAUAAGGAAAUAAGGUUUCUUUUUACAGGCGGUGUCUUCAGGCACUUGUCGAAAACUAAUUACUCAUUGCAACUGUCACAUUGAAUACCAAUACUAUACAAGAUGCCAACAUUUAGUAACACUGUACACUCUGGUUUUAAAUAGUUUAAGUAUGUCAUGGAAAAAGAUCUUAAGGCAUCAUGUCUCUGCAGUUGUAUUUAACAUGUUUUUGUUGAGACAGAACUCAACUAGUGUAUUUAUUAUUAUUUAUGUGUUUUUGUAUUGUACAUGUGCUGGUUUUCAAAUGAAGGAGUUUCUUAAAAU